UAUAUAGCUGAGUACAGAGUCGAGUUUGAAGGGCUAUAUAUUUAUAUAUGCAAUUUAAAAAAUAACAAUAAUAAUAAUAAAAUAGCCAAGUUGGUUAAAAAUAUCUAUAGAUUGAUGGCAAUUAGCCUUCCCGUGAUAUACUGUCCUCUGUAGAUUGAUGGCUUUCCAUCUUUCGCCAAAAAGAAAAAAAGGAUUGAAUUAGGUCAAUGGACAACCGCCAUCAAGCCUGAUUAAGCCAAAUUUUGUUGGAUGGUAAAUAUACAUCUCAACAUAAGGAGACCAACAAUGGAUGGAUACAAGAAGCUUGCUAAGGAGACCAUCCACUUCUUAUGCGUCCAUCCAUUGCAUGCAUAUAUAUACAUACAUACAUACAUACUGGAUACAUACAUAUAACUAAGCCUAUCAGGAGCUGGGUUCAUUUUGCUUUGAAGAAAUGGCCGAUAAUCAAGAAAUCGUCAGCAAGACUCACGUAUUAGUUGUUUCAUUCCCAGCUCAAGGUCACAUAAACCCAUUGAUCCAAUUCGCCAAGCGACUAGCCUUCAAAGGACUCAAAGUAACACUACUCGUCUUCAUAACCAACGAGCUUCACCAGAUCCCAUCUUCCUCUAUCAGAGUAGAGACCAUUUCCUUUACUCCUCAAACCGAUAAUUCAAACUGCAUACAUGGCUCAUUCUUCAAAAACUUGCAAGAUUCUGUUUCUGCAAAUUUGCCAGAAUUCAUUGCCAAACAAACAAAAGAUGGGUCCCCAGUAAGUUGCAUUGUGUAUGAUUCAGCCAUGUCUUGGGUUCUAGACAUAGCCAGAGAGCUUGGGGUCGCCGGAGCUUCAUUUUUUACGCAGUCAAUUGCCGUUUGCGCCAUCUACUAUCAUCUUAAUGAAGGAAAGCUCAAGAUUCCCGUUGAGCAGCCGUCCGUGUCCCUGCCUGGGUUGCCGGAAUUAGAUACUUAUGAACUACCUUCAUUUGUUUACAACACCAAGGAUUAUCCACAGGUGUUAAGCGUAUUAUACAGUCAGUUUUCUAAUUUCAGAGAAGUUGAUUGGAUCUUCUUCAACACUUUCAACAUCCUGGAAGAAGAGGCAAUGAAUUGGAUGAGAAGCCUAAGGGAGAUCAAGGCAAUAGGGCCAACAAUUCCAUCAGUUUACAUCGGAAAACAGCUAGAAGAUGAUAAAGAUUAUGGCUGCAACCUUCUGAAAUCCAAUAACGAUUGCAUUGGGUGGCUAAACUCCAAGGAAACUGGCUCAGUUGUUUUUGUGUCAUUUGGAAGCGCAGCUGCGCUGGGAGAAGAGCAAAUGACAGAACUUGCUUGGGGCUUAAAGAGAAGCAACACAUACUUCUUGUGGGUAGUCAGAGAAACAGAGGAAAAAAAGCUUCCAAGUAACUUUGUAGAGGAGACAUCAGAGAAGGGAUUGGUUGUUCAAUGGUGCCUUCAGUUGGAGGUUCUGGCACACAAGGCUGUGGGGUGCUUUAUUACACACUGCGGCUGGAACUCGACGCUUGAAGGAUUAAGCUUGGGAGUUCCAAUGAUUGCUAUGCCACAAUGGACAGAUCAAUCAACCAAUGCAAAGUUCAUUGCCGAUGUUUGGAAGGUGGGGGUUAGAGCAAAGGUUGAUGAGAAAGGAUUGGUUUCAAAAGAAGAGGUAGAGCUUUGUAUUAAGGAAAUUAUUGUUGGAGAGAAAGGAAAUGAGAUUAGAAAAAAUUCAGACAAAUGGAAGAAAUUGGCUGAGGAAGCGGUAGAUACAGGUGGUAGCUCCGACAAGAGCAUAGAUGAAUUUGUUAAAGAACUAGUAAACAAGUCCAGUCAAUCAUAA